CUUGGGUGACAAAGCAUUUCAUAAGUUUGGGUUUAUUUUCUGGUCUUUAUUUCUUUUUCUACUUAUCACUACUUUCACACUCUAUUGCUGCUCAACAUGGGCGACGAGAACACCGCAACAAAGGCUUCAAGGUGGGGUUUGGAACGGAAAAUAUCCACCAAAGAAGGUGGCCUACUGCAUUCACUUUUCCACCCAUCUCGAUCUCAGUCCAACGCAUCGUCAGUCUUGCCUACCCCAGCUGAAGAAGAUCCGAAUCGAACUAAUGCCGGCAACCACAAUGAGGCCAUACCCGCACCUGCCAUUUCUAUUGUGUCAGCUAGCACUAACCAACAAGCCAUACCAGGCAGCCCUGCCUUGACCAACAGUAGCAGACCCACUUCCCCGGUCUCUUCGACGGGCGGUAGUGGUAAUGCCACCAAUACCAAUAACAAUCAAGCACGAUUCCAAUUAUCAGAGGACGGUACACAUCGACAUCAUUUGGUUAUGCCAACCGUCAGCAAACUCACUUCGUCUUUAAAUGGGUUGACCGGAUUAUUUCAUGCCAGCAAAACACCUCACUUCAAACUUCCCCAGUGGGGAGCCAAAGAAGACGACACCUUGCACGUUGUUGAUGAAAAGAAGCUGUCCAAGACUUCCUCUGAUGUCAGCUUGGCUGCCAAGUGGGGAACUUGCCAAGAAAUCAUUGGAAAAGGUGCAUUUGGCGUGGUACGGAUUGCUCAUAAAGUUGAUCCAUCUGUCCCGGGAACGGGUGAGCGACUAUACGCUGUCAAAGAAUUUAAGAAGCGAAGUGACGAAACACCUAAACAAUAUAUUAAACGGCUCACGUCUGAAUUUUGUAUAUCAUCUACCUUGCAUCAUCGAAACAUCAUUCAAACCCUAGAUCUUUUACCAACGGCUGAAGCAUCGACUACGUAUUGUCAAGUCAUGGAUUAUUGCAAUGGUGGAGACCUGUUUCAUCUGAUUUUUGAAUCCUCCGGCGGGCUAGCAACACAAGAAGCCAAUUGCUUCUUCAAGCAGCUCAUUCGGGGUGUAGAAUAUUUACAUCGCAUGGGAGUUUCCCACCGUGACCUCAAGCCAGAAAAUUUGUUGUUGACGACCGAUGGUUGCCUAAAGAUAUCUGAUUUCGGCUCAUCCGAAUGCUUCCGUAUGGCAUGGGACUCACGUAGUAACCAAAAGAACUGCGCCAUCCAAGGAAGUACUGGAAUAUGCGGAUCUGAACCAUACAUAGCCCCGGAGCAAUUUGAAAAGGGCGAGUUUGAUCCUCGACUUGUCGACAUUUGGAGUUGUGCCGUCAUCUAUAUGGCUAUGCGAACCGGCAAGCAUCUUUGGCACGUUGCUAGACCUGAGGACCAGCAUUAUGAAAAAUACUUGGCGUUCCGUCAAAUCGUCGACGAAGAACGAGACAAAGCUCGCCGCAUGCGAAGCGUUCACCGUACGUGUAGCACCGAUGCGGAAAGAAAAGCGGAGCACGAACGCAGUGAGAAGGAGAAAAAUGAAGGUAUCGUCAAAGCUCGAGAGAUAAUAAGACGUAAAACCAAGGAAGGCGGCUUUGACGUUCUGGACGGCCUUGAAUUUGGGGCAAAGAAAUUGAUCUACCGUAUGUUGGAUCCUAAAGCAUCUCGCCGGUCGUUUGCUUCGGAUAUUCUCAAGAACGAAUGGUUUGCUUCAAUUUGGUGUUGUCAACCUUUCGAAGAACCCCAUUCUCCCAUGUUAAAAUCUCCGUGUGCAGCCGACCAAACCUCAAUCUCUUCAGAUCAAUCCGGAGAAACGUCCUCCCCAGUCGGUUAGAAUUAUUACCCUGUUCGCCUCCCCCUCUUCUGGCUGUCUCUCUUCCCUUACUGUAGCUUUAGCCUUUGUAACUUUGAUUAUAUUCUUAGCAUUACUUUGUACUAUAUUGUAUGCCCUCCUUGACUUUUUGUUGUUUAAAUAGUUCAACAUUGCCUUCCCCAUUAUA